UUACACAAGAAAUGGAGAGCACUCAGAGCAGCAAGAGCAACAGCGUGAGGAACCAUUUCAUCCUGGUUCACGGCCUCUGCCACGGGGCGUGGUGCUGGUACAAGGUGAUCGUGGCGCUCGAGGCCGCGGGGCACCGCGUCACGGCGGUUGACCUCGCCGCGUCCGGCGCCCACCCAGCGCGCAUCGACGAGGUGCACUCGUUCGAAGAGUACUCUCGGCCGCUGCUCGACGCGGUGGCCGCGGCUCCUGAAGGUGGCAGCGAGAGGCUGGUCCUGGUCGGGCACAGCCACGGCGGCCUCAGCAUCGCGCUAACAAUGGAGAGGUUCCCCGGCAAGGUCGCCACGGCCGUGUUCGUGGCAGCCGCGAUGCCGUGCGUUGGCAAGCACAUGGGCGUCACAACCGAGGAGUUCAUCAGAAGAACAUCAUCGGAAGGACUACUCAUGGACUGCGAGAUGCUGGCAAUCAACAACAACCAGGGUGUAGGCGUUGCAAUCAUAAUGGGGCCAAACUUCUUAGCUCACAAGGGUUACCAACAAAGUCCACCUGAGGAUUUGGCCCUCGCACAAAUGUUGGUGAGGCCUGGAAACCAGUUCGUGUAUGAUCCAGUGAUGAAGGACGCAGGGCUGCUCACCAAAGGCAACUAUGGGUCGGUGAAGAAGCUAUACGUGGUUGCCAAGGCGGAUGUCUCCAGCACCGAGGAGAUGCAACGCUGGAUGGUGGUUCUGAGCCCUGGCACGGAAGUCGAGGAGAUCGCAGGAGCUGACCACGCCAUCAUGAUCUCCAAGCCCAAGGAGCUAUGUGAUGUCCUAGUCAAGAUAGCGAAUAGCUUAAAUAUUUACUAAAUUGGAACAAAAAUGACUUUAUUUGAAAUAAAUUCAUGUAUCAUGUGUGUAAAUCUCUAGAGAUGUAUGUAUGAUAUAAAUUUGAUGGGUCUAUGAUAUAAA